AUGGGUGAUUUUUAUCUUGGUCAAAGUGCCGCUACACUACACGACUUGAUUUGUUUACCUCUUCUCGAGGGUUUGGAACCGCCGCUUUCUCUCUCAACUAGCGAAAACCCACAUCCAACGCCGCUCCAUCUCAGUGACGGGGAGGAGGUCCCGACCCCUCCUCCCCCUCCUCCCCCUCUACUGUGUCUUGCUGGUCUUUCGAGGUUUUUCUCUCGGAGCAUUUGGAAUCCCCAUCUUGCUGGUCCGAAGAUCUCUCGUCGUUUGAGUCUGGUGACGUGUUCGAGCUUCACUUGCUCGUUUCUGAGGCUUCAUGCCUCGUGCGUCGACGAUCUUGAAUCUGGUGGAGUUGGGAUCUCUCGGGUGAUGUUCAUCACCCAGACCCUCACUCUUCCUUCUCGACCUGGUUGCAUCUCUUGGAUACAACGGCCAAUCCAAAACGCGAUCUCUCGCAUAAAUCUUGGAAGGUGUGUAGAGUUAUGGCAAUGCUACGGCUCUGGUGCUUGCACCACCUUUUUCCUGUUUCAUGGUUUCGGUUCUCUUGGCUUUGGACUGAUUUGA